CUUCCUACUCCCUCCCCCCUCUCUCUCAUCCCCUUUUCUUUUUUUAUUUAUGCGAGUUGAAGACCAUUUUACCCUUCUCUGUACUCCGGAUUGGGCUUCGUACUUUAAUUAGUUAGUUUUCCGAUGAUGAUGAAAGCUCCGUCGGCGGGAUCGAAGAGGAAGCACGACGAGAAGCUAUACAGAGGAAUCCGCAUGAGGAAAUGGGGGAAAUGGGUCGCCGAGAUUCGCGAGCCCAACAAGCGGUCCAGGAUUUGGCUCGGCUCCUACUCCUCCCCCGUGGCCGCCGCACGCGCCUACGACACCGCCGUCUUCCACCUGCGCGGCCCUUCCGCCCGCCUCAAUUUCCCCGCCGAGUGCUGCCUCGACGGGGACGGCCGUCUCCUCUCCGCGGCCGAUAUUCGGAAGAGAGCCACCGAGGUUGGAGCGCGCGUGGAUGCCGCCCUGCAGACGGCCGUUGUCUCCUCCGCCCCCGGGCACGACCCGGAUCCGAGUAAAAACCGGGUUGCCCGGUUCAAGCCCGACUUGAACGAGUACCCGACUCCGGAAAGCUCCGAGGAAGAAGACUGCUGAUGCCCCGAUCCAGUGUGGCUUGUUUGGGUCGGGUUAGGGAAAUGAUUAUGGUCUCGUCGGCUUGUUUAAGCUGUAAUUAAUUAGUACCAUACGUACGGGGCCACUAAUUAAGCUUAAUUAGUUCAUGCAGGAUUAAUCCAAGGGCUUAAUUAUCAUUUCAUCAUACGUUAUUUACACAACCCUAUAUACUUGCAUCUUGAUCAAAUCGAUCAUUGCUAGUUAAAUGCCGAGUAUUAAUCUACUUCUAUUCGUAUUAAUUAAUUAUUACGUGUACCGGGUACGCAUGUAUAUAUGUCUCCACGUUAUGUUAAUCUUACUAUAUACAAUGGUAAGAGGGAUUUGUGAACAGUGUUCCCGCCAUUUUCUACACCUCCUUUUGGGCCGGAUUUGGGCCUACUGUUCAUGGGCCAAGUUUCUUCCUAUUUAGAGGGCCUGCAGUUGACAGCUACUUUAUCGGGCUGCGGUUGACAGCUACUUUAUCGGGCUGCGGUUGACAGCUACUACCUGUAGUGCGUGGCUCCAUAAAUUUGCUUUAUGUCU